AUGGCGAGGCGAAGGAAUGUUCAGGGCCUCAAGGAAGGCCGCUCUGAAAAGGCGGAAAAGGGAGCACCAGAGCUUCACGAACUUCACAAGGACAAGAAAAUGAGCCAGCAUUCGAAAUGGCUGAUGCUGGCGCUUGCUAGUGGUGCAUUUGCUGCUAUGAAUGGGCUGUUUGCCAAAUUAACUACGACCGAGCUCACCACUAGCAUCUCGCGGGCAAUCUCGCACAUCUUCUCGUCAUCAAACGAGACCACUACACUUGAUGUAAUAGUGGAAUACCUUGUUCGAGCUGCCUUCUUUGGGUUGAAUCUAUUCUCUAAUUUCAUUAUGUGGACGCUUUUUACUCGUGCCCUGACUGCAUCCCCAUCAACCACCAAGGUGACCAUCACCAAUACCACUGCAAAUUUCCUGGUCACAGGUGUACUAGGUAUGCUUGUCUUUAGGGAGAAGGUAAAUGCCCAAUGGUUAAUUGGUGCUACUCUGAUGGCUGCUGGGUGUAUUAUCGUUGGCAUGCGAGAGAAGCAGAAAGAAGAAUCCCCCAGGACCAGCGCUGGGGUGAAUGAAGGAGAAGAUAUAGGACUUGCUGGAAAUAGAAAAUUAGAUGAGGAUGAUGAUCUAAUAGCCCUUGAGCAGGAUUAA